ACUGCGCAGCCGCAGCUUCAAUUCGUCCAGACGUGACAACAAACGUUAUCAGCAUUGGAGGAAAUGGGCACAGCAUUGGCAUCUCAAUCAUUUUCAUAAGAUAAACACUUCCAUCAAACCAUCAAAACGCGUUUGCUAUUGUCUCAUAUUAUUUAAUCAUCAAAACUGAGGUCUUAAAAUGCCGAGCAACAAGAUGGACAAAUCUGACAAGCCGGAGGUCAUGGACAACGUGAAAGUGGUUGUGCGAUGUCGACCGCUGAACCAGAAGGAGAGGAGUAUGGGCCACAAGCAGGCCGUCAGUGUGGAUGAGAACCGAGGGACCAUCACCGUCAACAAAUUAGAGACCACCCACGAACCCCCCAAAACCUUCACAUUUGACACCGUGUUCGGACCAGACAGCAAACAGCUGGACGUUUACAAUCUGACAGCCCGCCCCAUCAUAGACUCAGUAUUAGAGGGUUACAAUGGGACCAUCUUUGCGUACGGACAGACAGGGACAGGAAAGACGUUCACCAUGGAGGGAGUGAGGGCAGUGCCAGAGCUCCGAGGAAUAAUCCCCAACUCCUUUGCUCAUGUGUUCGGCCACAUCGCCAAAGCAGAGGGCGACACCCGGUUCUUAGUUCGCGUCUCUUAUCUGGAGAUUUACAAUGAAGAAGUGAGGGACCUGCUCGGGAAGGACCAGAUGCAGAGGCUGGAGGUGAAGGAGAGGCCAGAUGUGGGCGUUUACAUCAAGGACCUGUCUGGUUAUGUGGUGAACAACGCUGAUGACAUGGACAGGAUUAUGACAAUGGGGCACAAGAAUCGCUCGGUUGGCUCCACCAACAUGAAUGAACACAGCUCUCGCUCUCAUGCCAUCUUCACCAUCACCAUCGAGUGCAGUGAGAAGGGCGUGGAUGGAGACCAGCACGUACGCAUGGGAAAACUCCACUUAGUGGAUCUGGCGGGUUCUGAGCGUCAGGGGAAGACGGGAGCGACGGGCCAGCGGCUGAAAGAGGCCACUAAGAUCAACCUGUCUCUGUCCACGCUGGGUAACGUCAUCUCAGCUCUGGUGGACGGGAAGAGCACCCACGUCCCCUACAGGAACUCCAAACUCACCCGCCUGCUGCAAGACUCACUGGGGGGAAACUCCAAGACCAUGAUGUGUGCGAACAUCGGCCCUGCGGACUAUAACUACGACGAGACCAUCAGCACGCUGCGUUACGCCAACCGGGCCAAGAACAUCAAGAACAAAGCCCGGAUCAAUGAAGACCCCAAGGAUGCCCUGCUACGGCAGUUCCAGAAGGAGAUCGAAGAGCUUAGGAAGAAACUCCAAGAAGGGGAAGAGAUCUCCGGGUCGGAGGGCAGUGGAUCAGAAGAGAUGGAUGAAGGAGAUGACGAGGGAAGAGAAGGAGGAGAGGGACGAAGGAAGCGGAGAGGUAGUGGCAGCAGCAUCAGUAGCUCAGACUCCUCUAUAGAGGCACAGACCACUGAGGAGAAACCCAAGGCUCAGACUAAAGACAGAGGGAAGAAGAAGGUUUCUCCUGACAAGAUGGUGGAGAUGCAGGCGAAGAUCGAGGAGGAGAGGAAGGAGCUAGAAGCCAAGCUGGACAUGGAGGAGGAGGAGAGGAACAAGGCCAGGGCAGAACUGGAGAAGAGAGAGAAUGAUCUGCUCAAAGCGCAACAGGAGCAUCACCUGCUGCUGGAGAAGCUGUCAGCCCUGGAGAAGAAGGUGAUCGUAGGAGGGGUGGACCUCCUGGCCAAGGCUGAGGAGCAGGAGAAACUACUGCAGGAGUCUAACAAUGAGUUAGAGGAGAGACGCAGGAGGGCUGAGCAGCUCCGCAGAGAACUAGAGGAGAAGGAGGCGGAGCGUCUGGACAUGGAAGAGAAGUACUCCAGUCUGCAGGAGGAGGCUCAGGGGAAGACCAAGAAGCUGAAGAAAGUCUGGACCAUGCUGAUGGCUGCCAAGUCAGAGAUGGCCGACCUGCAGCAGGAGCAUCACCGGGAGAUCGAGGGCCUGCUGGAGAAUAUCCGCCACCUCAGCAGAGAGCUACGACUGCAGAUGCUCAUCAUAGACAGCUUCAUCCCACAGGAAUACCAGGAGAUGAUUGAGAACUAUGUACAGUGGAAUGAGGACAUUGGGGAAUGGCAGCUGAAGUGUGUAGCGUACACUGGUAACAACAUGAGGAAACAGACCCCCGUGCCGGACAAGAAAGACAAAGAUCCGUUUGAGCUUGACUUGUCCCAUGUGUACUUGGCCUACACAGAGGAGAGUAUGAGACAGUCACUGAUGAAGCUGGAGAGGCCCAGGUCCUCCAAGAGUAGUAGGCCCAAGACUGGACGAAGGAAAAGAUCAGCGAAGCCCGAGGCUGUGAUGGAAUCCCUGCUGCAGUGAGAGAGCCAAUCAGGGCUGGAGCCCCAUGUACUGCAAUGAAUCUACACUACUUUACUUUAGAAUUAACAACAGCAGUCAAUGAAUCUACACUACUUUACUUUAGAAUUAACAACAGCAGUCAAUGAAUCUACACUACUUUACCUUAGAAUUAACAACAGCAGUCAGUAUGAGUCUACACUACUUUACAUUAGAAUUAACAAGAACAGCAGUCAAUGAAUCUACACUACUUUACAUUAGAAUUAACAACACAGUCAGUCAAUGAAUCUACACUACUUUACCUUAGAAUUAACAACAGCAGUCAAUUAAUCUACACUACUUUACCUUAGAAUUAACAACAGCAGUCAGUCAAUGAAUCUACACUACUUUACCUUAGAAUUAACAACAGCAGUCAGUUAAUGAGUCUACACUACUUUACAUUAGAAUUAACAAGAACAGUCAGUCAAUGAAUCUACACUACUUUACAUUAGAAUUAACAACAACAGUCAGUCAAUGAAUCUACACUACUUUACCUUAGAAUUAACAACAGCAGUCAAUGAAUCUACACUACUUUACUUUAGAAUUAACAACAGCAGUCAAUGAAUCUACACUACUUUACCUUAGAAUUAACAACAGCAGUCAGUCAAUGAAUCUACACUACUUUACAUUAGAAUUAACAACAGUCAGUCAAUGAAUCUACACUACUUUACAUUAGAAUUAACAACAGCAGUCAAUGAAUCUACACUACUUUACCUUAGAAUUAACAACAGCAGUCAGUCAAUGAAUCUACACUACUUUACCUUAGAAUUAACAACAGCAGUCAGUCAAUGAAUCUACACUACUUUACCUUAGAAUUAACCACAGCAGUCAGUCAAUGAAUCUACACUACUUUACUUUAGAAUUAACAACAGCAGUCAAUGAAUCUACACUACUUUACUUUAGAAUUAACAACAGCAGUCAAUGAAUCUACACUACUUUACCUUAGAAUUAACCACAGCAGUCAGUCAAUGAAUCUACACUACUUUACUUUAGAAUUAACAACAGCAGUCAGUCAGUAAUCGAACAUGAAGAUCUUUAUUGUCGUUAUUUAAAAAGAUUUUCUUAAUACACUGUAUAGCCAAGUAAGGUUUUAAAUGUGAAGGGAGGCGAGGAAACGGUUGGUCGGUCGGUCAAGGAGGGAGGGAGCAAGCAGUAGAAACUGUACUCUAGGAUUUAGGUUUGCGUCCCAAAUGGCACACCCUAUUCCCUAUUUAGUGCACUACUUUUGACCAGAGCCCUAUGGGAUACCCUAUGAGCCCUGGUCAAAAGUAUUGCACUAAAUAGGGAAUAGGGUGUCAUUUGGACCUGCCCCUUAGACUGCUCAAGUCAAGGGGACCUUGUAUUAUAUUAAGGGGAGGCUUGUUGAGAAUAGUCAGCUUAAUGUUGAGUCUUAAUGUAGUCAUCGAGCACAGUUCAGUGGGCAACACACAAUGUCCCAAAUGAAACCCUAUACCCUUUAUAGUGCAUUACUUUUGACCAGGGCUCAUAGGGUGUCCCGUAGGGCUCUGGUCAAAAGUAGUGCACUAAAUAGGGAAUAGGGUCACAUUUAGGACAUAGGAGAAUACGAAUAAAAAUAAUAAAAAAUAACUAAAAAACGAAUACAUUUGCACAAUGAGCGCUUAUCUCUAAAAUACAUCUUUACAGUUGUUGGUUAGCUAGCGUAUUUUCGCCAUAUUAGCAUGGAUGUGACAUCAGUCGAAACACCUCAAAAUAAAACGUGAUAUUAAUAACAAGAUACAACAAGCUGAUAUCAGCCUCCUACGAUUCCCCACGUGGCAGCUUCUUGUCAGCUAUCUGACUGUUCAGAAUCAUAAUACCACACGGACUUCUGCCUUAUCGACGCACAUAUCAGUUAGUCAGCUAACCUGUCUAUAUAGUAGUGCUAUUUGCCCAUUAAACACUAACUAAGCCAUUUAUUGUCACGCUUUGAUUUCUUCCUUUUCAUCUCAUCGUUCAUGGUGUAUUGUAGUGGAAGCAAAGUGUCUUUAUUUUGGAAUAUACUGUAUUUCAAAUGUUUACAUCUACUGAGCCCCCCCUGUAUUUUAGUAAUUUAUUAAAUUAUUGCACAUG